CCCCGUCCCCCCCGUCCGCCCCGCACCCCCGGCCUCCCCGGGCGGCCUCCCGCCGCCUCCCGCCGCUCGCCACCAUCGCUGCCAAGGGCGAGCGGGACCUGCUGGCGCUGGCCGCGCCGGGGCUGAGCCGCGGGAAGCGAGUGGCCGCCGUGGCCAUCGGCGUGGCCAUGCUGCUGCUGCUGCUCGUGGCCAUCCCGCUGCUGGUGCACGGCUCCAAGGCGGCCGCGCACUACGAGAUGCUGGGCAGCUGCCGCAUGGUCUGCGACCCCUACCCCGAGCUGCCCCCCGCCUCUCCUCCUCCUCCUUUCCUCCCGGGAGCCAAGGGCCAACCGGGCCGCAAGGGCCGCUCCGGUCUCCGCGGGCCACCGGGGCCACCGGGCCCGCGGGGACCUCCGGGAGAACCGGGCCGGCCGGGUCCGCCGGGACCUCCGGGACCGGGGCCGGGCGGGUACAUCCCGUCCUUCUACAGCCCAAAAAUCGCUUUUUACGCCGGCUUGAGGAAACCGCACGAGGGUUACGAGGUGCUGCGCUUCGACGACGUGGUGACCAACGUGGGCAACUACUACGAGCCCUCGAGUGGCAAAUUCACCUGCCCCCUGCCCGGCAUUUAUUUCUUCACCUACCACGUCCUGAUGCGCGGCGGGGACGGCACCAGCAUGUGGGCCGACCUGAUGAAGAACGGGCAGGUGCGUGCCAGCGCCAUCGCGCAGGACGCGGACCAGAACUACGACUACGCCAGCAACAGCGCCAUCCUGCACCUGGACGUGGGCGACGAGGUCUGCGUGCGCCUGGACGGCGGCAAAGUGCACGGCGGCAACACCAACAAGUACAGCACCUUCUCCGGCUUCAUCGUCUACCCCGACUGAGCCCGGGGCACCGGGACCCCCGGGACCCCCCGGGACCACUGGAACCCCCCGGGAUCCCCCCUGGAACCGCGAUCCUCCGGGACCCCGCCCGAGCCCCAAGUACAGCACCUUCCCCGGCUUCAUUGUCUACCCCGGCUGAGCCCGGGGCACCGGGACACCCCCGGGACCACCGGAACCGGGACAGCCCCGGAACCUCCCUGGAACCGCAAUCCCCCGGGACCUGGAGUGACCCCCAAGUCCAGCACCUUCCCCGGCUUCAGCAUCGACCCCGAGUGACCCCCGCGACCCCCCUGGAACCGGGACACUCCCCCGGAACCCCCCCGGGCCGCCUGAACCCCCCGGGACCCGGAGUGACCCCCAAGUCCAGCCCCUGCUCUGGCUUCAGCAUCAGUGACCCCAAGUGACCCCGGGACCACCGGGACACCCCCGGGACCCCCCCCAGACACCCCCGGGACCCCGAC